AUGUGGAGGGGUAUCGGCUACGGCGGCCGGCACAGUCACAGCUCCUACCCUGCAGACCGCGGUGUUGGCCACAUCAACUACCAACCCAAAGUCCGUGUCAUUGAGCGGUACAAGGUCGUCGGAUUCAUUAGUUCCGGAACCUAUGGCCGCGUCUACAAGGCCCUCGGCCGCCAGGGCCAACCCGGCGAGUUCGCCAUCAAGAAGUUCAAGCCCGACAAGGAAGGCGAACAGGUAUCGUACACGGGCAUAUCGCAGUCUGCCAUCCGCGAGAUGUCUCUGUGCAGCGAGCUAAAGAACGCCAACGUCAUUAAGCUUAUCGAGAUUAUCCUGGAAGACAAAUGCAUCUUCAUGGUCUUUGAAUAUGCCGAGCACGAUCUGUUGCAGAUCAUCCACCACCAUACGCAGAACCCAAGGCAUCCAAUCCCCCCGCAGACCGUCAAGAGUAUCAUGUUCCAGCUGCUUAACGGAUGCCAGUAUUUGCAUGCAAACUGGGUUCUGCACCGUGAUCUGAAGCCAGCCAACAUCAUGGUCACAUCCGCGGGAGAAGUCAAAAUUGGUGAUUUGGGUUUGGCGAGACGCUUCGACAAGCCACUGCACUCCCUCUUCAGCGGAGACAAGGUCGUUGUGACAAUAUGGUAUCGCGCGCCUGAGCUCAUCCUCGGAUCGAGGCAUUACACGCCCGCCAUCGAUAUGUGGGCCAUCGGGUGCAUCUUCGCAGAGUUGCUCUCACUGCGUCCCAUUUUUAAGGGAGAAGAAGCAAAGAUGGAUAGCAAGAAGACGGUUCCUUUUCAACGCAACCAGAUGCAAAAAAUCGUCGACAUCAUGGGCUUGCCUACGAAGGACCGCUGGCCGUUGUUGACAGCCAUGCCAGAGUACAGCCAGCUUGCGACACUACAGCCUCCCAUGACGCCGCACCAUCACGGACAUCAUCGGGGACACCACGGCCACCACCCUCCUCCGCCCAACGGUUCGAACCUCGAGAAGUGGUACUACAGCACUAUUUCCCAAGGGGCGUCGAGCAGCGCCACUUCUGCGCCUCAAGGCGCGCCUUUGUCGAGUCUCGGUGCAGAGGGGUACAAGCUGCUUGCGAGUUUGCUGGAGUACGACCCCUUGGAGAGGCUGACUGCCGCCAAGGCUCUGCAGCACCCGUUCUUCUCCACGGGCGAUCGCUUGAACGCGCACUGUUUCGAGGGCUUGAAGAACGAGUACCCACACCGCAGGGUCAGUCAGGAUGAUAACGACAUCAGGACGAGUAGUCUGCCGGGGACGAAGAGGAGUGGGUUGCCUGAUGAUUCGUUGGCUAGGCCUGUUAAGAAACUUAGGGAGGUGUAG